ACUGGAAGCUGGUUCAUUGAGUUUGUCUGCACCGACCAUUUGGCUGACCACCUGCACACAUUACAAGACAUGAAACAAAUUUCGCAUUUAGAAGAUUUUCGAGGUCAGUCCUGCCGCCCAAUUAGGUCAAGGUCACUUGUACCGACCAAGCGGUGCUAUGUGAAAAUGUUGACCGGAAAAUGUAAACCAUCCUUAGUUUGAAACUACCAAUAUGAAUCCAAUGUCUAGAGUGUAACCUCACGACCAUUGUAAUAUUGCAGUUAUGGAGAUCGCUGUAGAGAACUCUGGCCAAGGUCAUAAGCUAUGCGCUGUAAAAGCCACAGAACAUGCGAAUCCGAAAGGAGACCAGCACCAAAAGUGUGUCAAACAGAGAAAUCAACAAGUCUGUGACGCCCGCACCAAACCUGAAAUAAGAAGCUCCAGAACGCUGAGAUCCAAAUCUGCAGACCCUGCAAGAAAACUUGUCUCUGAUCAAAGUGAGAAGCCUGGUGAGACUAAAAUACAGAGGAACAAGAAAGCCAAUGAUGUGACGCCCAAAAGUCAAAACGGUAAAGACGCCCCACCACCAUCCCUCACAAGUGUUGAAAGCACUCGAAGACGUUCCGAUCUUCCAACAAGGGUCAAGAGAUCCGCCUCUCUGACGUCGACAGUCAGGGCUGAGGCAAGAGAUGACUCAAAGGAGAAACAGAAACAGUUUUCAAAGAUGGAAAUCAAGUGCGACCAGCUGGAAAGACCAUUGCUUAGUAAUAUUAUUCUUUGCAGAGAUGAAACAGAAAAAGUUUUGGAUACAACCAAAGAAGAACAAAGAAAAUUGGACAAAGAAUCCACCAAAAUAUCAAGCAACAUUCCUACAAGAACAAAGACAAGCAAAGCGAGAAGAAAACUAUUUCAAAUGUCCAGUAGCAGCAAACCUGAAGCUGGACGUCAUUCUACGACUGUAUCGCCAGCUAUCUCAGAAAUUGUGCUGGAUGAUAAUGAAUCUGACCAGUCUGUUGAAAACCUUCGAACGGUCAACCUUGACCUUAGAGAUCAGGUCAGCAAACUGAGGUAUCAAAUGGAAGCUCAAAAGGGAAAGUUAAAACAUAUUCUUUGGCAAAAGGUUCUGGACAUUCGAAAGAUCCGACAACUAGAGCAAAAGAAAUUAAUGGAAGCUCUAAAUGACCAAAGAGAUAAGCUGGAGAGGGAAAGGUCGCGAGAUUUAGAAAGUCUUCGAGGUCAGCUGACUAUAAAGGCGGAAUCCGAUCUGCAAAAAUAUGCCAGACACAAAGACACCGAAAUCAACAAACUAAGGAUGGAACUUGCCAGCAAAGAGAACAUGCUGCAACGUCUGCUAGGGGACAAUAGGCACGCGCGCCUGAAGCUUAACAUAGAUGACCGGAAGUCAAAGCUUGUCUACGAGAUCAAAGCUCUGCGUAGACAAAAGAAAGAACUGGAAGACUCGCUUUCCUCUGCGUCGUCUGCCGAGAGAGCAUUUUCCGAUGAUAUCAGACGACAUUCUCAAAGCUUUGAGCUAGAGAUUUCCCGCGUCAAGAGGCAAUCACAGUUUGAGACGAAUCAGCUGAUAGAACAACUGAAGAACAAAGACAAACUCAUUUCGCAGCUGGAGAAGGACCUCGGCCAGCAGUGGGUAGCUGCCCAACUCGCCGCGCUGGAGCGUGAAUCUAGUGAGGGGGCCCGGUCACCGACCAUGAGCGCCCCCUCACAUACGCUUGGCGUACUCCCCGAGGACAGCGUUGAUCCCACUACUUAUUUCAGGACCCCUACCUCCGCCUCCAAACCUGGAGGUGUUGAGGAUGGCAGGUCCACUGGUGUAAACGAGUACACCAUAGGCAAGCAAGACUUGCCCAAAAAGCUGAAAGAUUUAAAGGCAAGAAACAAGGAACUUGUAGACAAAUGCAGGGCUUAUCUACAUAGGACCAAAGAACUGACCGCCCAAAACAGGGCUUAUAAAGACAGCAGUGAUAAAAUGUUGCAUGAAAACAAAAAGAUGCAAGAACUAAUAGAACAUUCCAAACUGAGAGUACUUCAACUGACCAGACAAAUGAGCGAACAGGUCUUGGAAAAGAAUUCCGGCCCUGCUCAGUCUGUCAUGGUGGAAGAACUCAAGAAAGAGAUGAUGGAAGAUAAGAAAACAAUACAAGCACUCAGACAAGCUUGUUCCGAAAAAGAUCGUCGAAUCGAGUUAAUUCAACAUCGUAAAAGACGGCGGCGUGUUGUCGCCCCUGCCAAUAUGAAUCUUGGAAUAAGAGAAACAAUAUUUGGUUACGAUGAAGACAAAUCGAUCGAUUCAGAUGCGUCAAUCUCAUCGAUCUCACACAGUACAGUAUCUGAAGAGGAUUCUUGGGACCAUGUUAUCUCCAUGGAGGAAACCGAAAGAGGUUACCAGAGGCUCAUGAUGGAGCAACUUCAAGUGCAGCGGUCACACGCGCUCCUGCAGAAACAAGUGGGAAAUAAUCAAGAUCCACAAAGGGAGAUAAUGGCUAAAAUAACACUUCAAAACGAUCUGUUCCAAGCUCAGUGCAGAAUUGAAAAGUUGGAACAACUCAUUAAUGAAAUAGGGGAGGGGGAAGUUCUGAUGCUGUUGAAAGAAAGGGAAACAAUUCUUUCAAGUAAUAAGGAAGCCGCUGAAAAAGCAAUUUUUUGGGAACAGCAAAGUCGACAACUCCAGCAGGAGCUGAAUAAAGCCUUAGAGAAAAGCGAAGACCUGGAGUUUCAGUUAAUGGAGAUGGAAAAUUAUGAUGAGACAAAACAGAGUGCCUCUUGUCACCAGGAAUGUCAGUGCACACAUGAAGUAGACCAUGAACUUAUAGAGACACUAGCACAUUGCCUGCAUCAGUCAGAGCAAGAUAUGGAGCAGCUGCGUAAAGAGAUAGCUGCUCUUGUGAAGGGCAGGGAGGGAGAUGCUCUGCUGAAACAGUUUGAUAAAGUUAGAGAGAAUGAAAAGAAACAUGCAGAGUCUAUGGAAAGCUUGGCUCAUGAGCUUCAGGUGAAGGUCAUCUCUCUUCAAAAAGAAAAAGACACUCUUCAGGAAAAGUUAAGUCUCAAGGGACAUAAGCCAGUAAAAGGAGAUAACUCAGCCAGUAUAGCAAGAGAAAAGCAAGAAAAUUUGGAGCUGAAGGCCGAGCUGACACAAUUGAUAAACUCAGAAAAUAAACUUUUAGAAGAACGCAUUCAAUUACAGGAAGAGCUGAAUGACUGGAAAACACAGUAUGAAUACCUCAAGCAACAGUUAGAUAUCUUCACUCAAACUCAAACCCCAAAACAGAAGAUUGUGCUCAAGAGAGAAAACUCAUCCAAUGAGUCAUCAAGCCCAUCCUCAUCUCCAGCCACUUCAUCACUUUCCAGAAGGCCGUCCAAAGACAGGAAAUCUAAGCCUCGUAGUGGGGAUGAUCCCACCCAGUCCAAAAGAAGGAAGAGUAGUCCAGAGAAUUCAUCGGAUUUCAAUCAAGAGUUAAUGACUCAGAGCUCAAUGCAAAGUUUUCAGAGUUUAGAAAAUCUCCAUGGCAUGAGUGACUCAGUCAGUGAAGUUGAUGUUUUGAAGCUUCAACUCAAGGCACUUCAGAGUGAUUGGCACAGCAUGAGAGAAGAAAAUCUCAACCUCAAAGAUCAACUCAGACAAUCAGCUCUUGAAAAAAGUUCAGAAGCUGAGGCAGAUCAGCAGCUGCUGCUGGACAAAGUUGAGAUGUUGAAGUCUGAGCUGGAGCUGAUGAGGAGAGAAAACAUCUCUCUCUCUGGAAAAUUGAAGCAGAGAAUUGAUGAAUUCCAUGACAGCCAGGAUGAGCUCAACCCUAGGUUGGCAGAACUUGAGGACUACUGUGAAGAUCUCCAAGAAAGACUGCAUGCCUCAGAAAUGACAGAACGCCAGCUAAAGGAGAAGUUAAGACUUGUUGAAGGAAGCAUUGAUGAGGCUGAAUCUAAUGAGAUGGCCUUGAGGGAGAGGUAUGAACAACUGAUGCUGUGGGAGGUGGAAGCCAAAAAACAAAUUCGGGAACUACAGAAGAAUGGCCAUGAGUUGAAAGAGAUAGUCCUAGACAAAGAUUUUGUAGAGCAAGCCCUCAGAGAAAAGGUUGACUUUUUACAAAAAUGUGAAGCAGCGUCAAUCAGAAGGAUAGAAGAGCUAGAGGCCAUAGAGAGGGACUUGAGGGAGCAACUGGAAACCAAAUCAGACCCUAAGUGUCAACGAGAGCUCAACAAGAUACAGGAGCUGAAACAUCAGAUAACAUUUUUGGAGACUGACAACAAAGCUUUAGCUGCUCGCAUAUCCGAGCUGGAAGAAAAUGAAGAGAUCCUCAGAGAGAACUGGCGGAGAGUGGCUGAUGAAGAUUAUAACAGAACUCAGACACUGCAGGAAAAGGUAAAAAUGUUGGAGUCGAUGAACAGAGACUUAAAAGCUAAACUUGCAGAGGCCCAGGAGUAUUUUGUUAUUAAUGUUUCACCCAAUGAAAACUCCCUAGCAGCAGAACUUGCCCAGUCCCAGUCCAGUCUUCGUGAUGCAGUACUGGAGAGCACAGCGCCUGGUGGCGGAGAUAGACCUACUGCUGGCGUUGAUGGAGCACCUGUUGAUCAAGAGAAGUUGAAGCUAAUGGACAAAUUAAAGAAACUUAAGAGACAGCUCAGCGAUGUGGCCGAGAAAAAAGAUUCAAAAAUUGAAACUUUACAAGAGAAAAUUGUCAGCCUAAAGGAAACAGAGGUCAAGUUGAGCGAGACAAUAUCAGAGAUGGAGAUGACAGAAAGAGAACUCAGGGCUAAGCUGGCCUUAUAUGAAAGUUCAGAGGUCACUGUGGAAAAGAUGCUCAAGUAUCAAAGUAAAAUUGAAGAGCUCAGAACAUCACAGGAAUCUCUGCUGGAUCAGUUAGAAAGUCUGGAGAAUCAGGAAAUGACAUUGCAAGAAAAAAUGCAAGAAAUGGAAAGAACCUUACGUGGGAAGAUUGUAACCUUAGAGGUUGAAAUGAAAGGCUACAAGCAAAAGGAGUUGAAAAGUGCAGGCAGGAUUAGAGAGCUAGAGAAACAGGAAAAGGAAUUGUCAGAAAAAGUUGCCCAGCAAGCAGAAAAAGAGAAUGGCCUGUAUGUUAAAAUCUCAUCUCUGAUGGAUGAAGUCAAGUCAGCAAAAGAGGAAGUGGAGAGCCUAAAAAAUCAAAUGGCUAGCAAGGAAGACAAAGUCCGUAAGGCCAAGCUUCUUGAGGUCAAACUUUUGGAAAUUGAAAUGGAAUAUGGCAAAAAAAUCUCCGACAUCAGCAGCAAGUUGCGCCACAAAGAGGAAGAGCUACGCCAGAAAGAAGCUACACAUGAGGAAGAGGUCACCACCUUGCAAAAUGAAGUGGCUACCCUGCAAAGUGCUUUAAACACCAAGGAGUCAGAGAAAAACCGUAGGAUCGCAAUACUUGAAAAACUUUUUGCUCAGAAGGAAAAUGACUUUUUAUCAAAAAUUGCCAUGUUGGAAGAGAAUAUUAAAGAACUAACAAAUGAAAAAACUAUGCAUCAAAAUCAGAUCAAAGAAUUGCAAAGGCAGAAAUCUGAUCUUGAGAAUAAAGAUUAUGGGUACAAGCAAGAAAUGGAUAUUUUAAGAGAGGAAGUUAUUUCAAUCAAAACAUCAGAAACAGAAUAUGAAGACAAAAUAGUAAAUUUGGAAAGAAAUUGUAGGCAGGAGAAACAGCGAGCUGAUGAGGCAGAGUUUAAAGUGAGCAAAUUAGAGAAGGAUCUUGCUAAAGAAAAAAAGAAAGUUGCAGAUAUAGAAGUGAAACUGAUUGCUAUGAAAGGAGACAUUGAGCAGCAAAUGAAAACAAUUGAAGCCAAUUUUGUGGAGAAAGAAAGUGACUAUGAGAAAGAGUUAGAUAGUCUGCAAGAGGAGGUUGAGAAAAAGGAUGUGAGAGUGAAAGAAUUAGAAACUGAGCUUGAGAAAAGAGCUCGUCGUGUGAGUGAGUUAGAGAGUGAAUGUUCUAAACUCAAAUCAAAGGCAGCUAAUGAAGAUCAAGAGACCAUUGCACAAAUUAAAAUGUUAGAAAAAGAAAAAAGUGAACUGUUCACUAGAUGGUCAGCUAAACAACAAAGUGAAAAUAGUGAGCUCGCUGCUCUAAAGUCGGACAAGGAGGGGCACAUUGAAGACCUGAAGAAAAAAAAUAAUUUUCUGAGUACACAGUUGCUCCAUGAAGCAGCCACCAGAGAACAGUUGGAAACCUCUAUCGAUGACUUCAAGAACAAAGAGAAAACUCUUGUCUCAAGACUCAAUGAGUUCAAUAAAGAAAUAGAACAUCUCAAAGAAGAGUUGUUAAACAAGCUUAAAGAGUUGGAUGCAAAGAACAAAGAAAUGUGUGAACUUAACUUGGAAAUAAGUCAUUUACGCUACUCCAACAAAACACUACAAAGUGACUACCAGCAUCUUAAGGAGCAGUUGCAUCAAAAUGAAAAAGAAAUCAUGAAACAAAUUUCAGAAAAAGAUGAAAAAUUACAACAUUUACAAAGUGAAAUAAAAAUAUUGAAGGAAGAAUUGUCUCAGAAAAAUAUCUUAAUACUAAAAGCUUCAGAAAAUAAGAAACGUCUACAAGAGAAAGAAUCUGAAUUGUUCAAACUAGUGGAAGAAAAGUCUCAGAAAGACAUUAUGGUACAGGAAACAAUUCAAAAGAGUGAGCACAUGUUACUGUUGAGUCAAAAAGAAAAAGACAGUGCUGCAAUACAAGUAGAGAAUCUCAGGAAAGACUUACAAAGCAAAGAGGUUGUUGUAUCCCAACAUUUGUUGGCUAUUGAAGAGAAAAACAAAGAAAUUCAAGGAUUAAAUUCCAUGUUGGAUGAGUUAAAAGAGUCUGUGAAGCAAAAGUCUCUGGAUACAGAAAAGUACCAAAAAGAUUUGUCCAACUCAAAGAAAGAACAAGAAAAAAGUCUCCUUGAAAUAAAUCAAUUGAAGAAACAAAUAGAGGAGAAGCAGUCAGAAGUUGAAUUAAAAUCUUCAGAACAAACCAACACACAGUUAGUUAUCUCAGCCAAACAGCAUGAGCUGGAACAAGCCAAGCUAGAGCUACACAAAUGUCUAGAAGAAAUCCAAGAGUUUAAGAAACUUAGGGACCAAGACAAAGAUCAACAACAAGAGCAGGACCAGGCAUAUAGAAAACUCUCAGCAGAUUUUGAACAACUUACUCUGCAGUAUGAUGAGCACAUUGUGGAACACAAGCAUUUAGAAUUUAAAGUGGCAGAUGUUGAGCUCAAGCUGGUGGAGGCUGAGAAUAGAUACCGUGAGUUGGAGGCCAAAUGUGCCAGCUUAGAGGUACAGCUGGCUGAAAGGUUUGCUCACUCACAGCAGGCUGAAAAGAUCAUCAAAUUGAAAGAAGAUGAAGUUGCUAAACUUGAGACCAAACUGGAAGAGCUGGAAAAGGAGUUAGAAGAAACUUCAACUCAAAAAAAUGAGACAGAAAGAAUCAUUAUUCUGAAAGACAAAGAAUUUAAAGUUAUGAAAUCAAAACUAGAGACAGUGGGCAAAGAGUAUGAUGACCUGAAAGUUGUGGUCAAAAACAAGAAUGAAGAGAGUCAAAAACUAAAGGAUGAGCUCACCUCUUUGAAGAAAAAAAAUGAUCUUCUGAAGGAAGAGGCUGAUCAACUGCAACAGUCCUCUGAUAACUAUCAUAAAGAGAAUAAGGAGAGUCAGUCUGAACUAGCAGAACUCAAGAUGCAGGUUUCUCAACUCCAGAAAAAAUGGGAAGAUGCCAACAAUAACCUGAAAGCUUCUGAUGACUUCUUGAUGCAGGCUGAUCAGAGCUUCAAGAGUCUAGAACAAAAGUGUAAAGAAACAGAGACACAGCUAAAAGGCAAAGAACUGCUUGUAGAGGAACUUGAACAAACAAUGAAAACUAAAAAUCAUGCAAUAGAUUGUCUGGAAAUGAAGCUGAAAGACAAUGAGAAGAAAUGUGUAGAUCUCAACCUUCAUUUAACUAAGGCAGAGAAAGAUUUUCAAGGAAAAUGUAGUGAGCUUACCUCUGUACAGAGUAUGUUUGACAAAGCAGAGUUCAAGCUCAAAUCAUGUGAAGAAAGAUGUGACCAACUCAAAGAGAAGUUGAAUACAGCAGAAAUGGAACUGCAGGAAGUGCGUCACAUUAAUCAAAGUCUUACUCAGAAAUUGUCUAUUCUUGAAGGGGCUGUUAAGGAAAAAGAGUCAUUCUGUAGAGACUCCCAAAGUGACUUUGAAUCCUUACAGCAACAACAUCUGGAAGUAAAAAUAGAAUGUGAGAACCUCAAGUCCAAGCUGAACUACUUCCAGCAAAUGUUUGAACAUGCCCAGAAUACAUGCAAAGAGAAGGAAGAACAUAUCAUAACACUGGAAACUUCCUUGAAACAAAGUCAGUCUUCACUUCAGGAACAACAAGAGAAACUGCAAGACAAAGAAACAUGUUACAAUGAGAGGGUUUCACAGCUGGAACAACUUCAGAAAGACUUAAAGUCCAGCCAAGAGGAACGGACAUUACUGGAAAGUCAAAUUCAAACUGUGGGUGUUGAGCUUGAGCAGGUCAAUGAAGAGAAGAAAAGUUUAAAGAAUCAAAUGGAGCAACAUUUGUUAGAGUUAAAUAAAUCCAAAGAAAAAUGUGACAAACUCCAAGUAGAGAUUCAGAAUGUCCAAAGUAAGUAUGAAGAGCAAAAUAUUGAGAUAAAACAUUUUAAAGACAAAUGUCAGCAUCUCGAACUUGAAUGUCAGAAAAUUAAACAAGAGAAAGAAUUGCAAGCUCAUUCUUUAAGGACUACAGAAUCCUCUCAACAAGAUCUUCUGACAUCUAUACAAAAGUUAGAGCUAGAAAAUAAAACUUUGAAGUUGAAGUUAAAUGAGCAAGAAGAAAUAGUGAACUCCAAAGAUGAUGGGUUUUCAGAACUUGUAGAAACCAACCAACUUCUUUCUGGAAAAUUGUAUAGACUGGAAGCAGCUGCUGUUGAAAGUGAGACAAAAUACAUGCAACUGGAGCAGUCAAAAGCUGAGCUUCUUGCCCAAAAAGAUAAAGCUCUUAAAGAUGCCGAAAAACUCCAAGUUAACUUGAAAGACUUUUCAGAGGAAUGUGAAAGUCUUAAAGCUAAACUUGAGAACUCCCAACUGAAGGUGAAAGAACUUGAGGAAAGCAAUGCUCACAUUCAGAGCAAUGACAAAAACAAGGAAGAAAUAGCCAAACAACAGCAGCAUCUCUUAGAACAACAGCUUCAGCAAUGUACCAGUGAGAUGGAAACAAAGCUCACAACUGCUCAAGAGUUGAAUGAUGAGCUCAAUAAAGUUGUGUACCACUUGAAGAAGAAAGUGCAUCAACUAGAAGAAGAGAAGUUAUCACUGACUUCUAAGCUUCAUGAAGCUGAGACUCAGAUUCAGGCAAUGACAGGAACAUUGUCAGAUCUGCAGAUUGAUCUCCAGCAUCUUCAAGCUGAGAAUGUAAAACUCAAAGUUUCUGUGGCUGAAUCUGAAAAAGAAAGUUCAAAGCUUCUGCAAGCAAAUUAUGAAAGCAAUGAAGGUGUUAAGGAAUCAAAUAUCACAGUUUCACUUGUAUCAGAGCUACAGACAAUGCCACCCUCAGGGAUUUCUAAAGAGCAAGAGCUGGCUGAAAAAUUACAUAGUCUUGAGAUUCAUCAUGAGGAAACAUUACACAAAAUGGAAAAAUUGUUGAAAGAUAUUGAAUCAUACAAGUCUCGGGAUCAAUUCAGUCAGGAGAAAAUUAAAGGUCUCGACAAAAAUUUGAAAGAAAUGAGAGAACGAGAAAAGAAAAUGUCGGAGAAAGUGGCUGACAUGGAAGUGAAGGAAAAGCAGCUUUUGGAACAAAUGGCUGACAUAGAGACAUCUGUCAUAGUGCCUUUAGAGACAGAGAACCAAGAACUGAAAGAUGAGCUCAAUGUGGUGAAACAAGAAAGAGAUGAUGCUCAAGCUAAAGCCUCCAAAGGAAAUGAUGAAGAUAUGCUAGAUGGUGUCAAUUUGCACAAGUCUUUGGAAGAUGCCCUAAUCCAGAGAGAUGAACUGGAGAAAAAAAUCAAUAUUUUGGCAGAAGAAAUCAGUAGUAUAGAAGAAGAGAAAAAGAAUCUUAAAAAACAAGUGGCGGAUGCUAAUAUAACUGAAGGGGAGUUAAUAGAUAAAAUUGAAUUUCUUGAAGAUGAAGUUGAGAGAUUGAAAAACAUUGAACAUCAGAAAUCUGUUCUUGAAGAGCACUUGAUGGAUCGUCUGCUUGAUUUGGAAGAGAGGGAGAAAAAGUUGCAAGAAAAGUUGCUUCUGAAGAAUAAAAGUGUGACUACACAGUGUGUUCAGACUGAUGCAGUGGAUGGUGCACUGGAAGACAUGGUUAAACAAUAUGAUUUUCUGAAACAGAAGAAUGAAGUGUUGCAAGAUGCUGAAAGUAAAUACAUGGAUAAAAUAUUAGAUUUGGAAGAAAUAAACAAUAAACUACAGAAUGAAGUGGAACAUUUGAAGGCAUCAGCAAAUGUGGCUAUUUCCAAAGAACUCGGCAAUGCAUCAAGUCAUGAAGAAAAUGGUGCUAGCAGGAAGAACUUGAUGGCUUCCAAAUACACUGACACAUUUGACUUAUUGUUACCUUCUGAGCAAACUGUUAAUUCUGAACAUUUGUCUGAGAGACUCGUUCAGUUAGAGCAUCAAAACAAGAGUUUUGCGAUGGAAUGUGAAGAUAAGGCAUCCAAAAUCAAGUACUUAGAAGAGAAAAUUGUCCUACUGCAAGAUUCCGAAGCCAAACUUAUGGAAAAACUGACAGAGGAUAUCAGUACAUUACCUUGUGCAGCAAACACUGAAGAACUACAAAAAAAGAUAGAUAACCUCAUGGAGGAGAAUGACUUUCUGGCCCAGAGCAUUGAGAGCUAUAAGAAGUUGUACAAGGAUGAGAAAGAAAAGUGCAAUGAACUGCAAGACAGGAUCAUGGAGGAAAGUAGUCUUUACCAAGAGUUACAGGAGGCUCAUGCUCGACUUGGUGCUUCAGAAGCCAUGGUGGAAGAAGUCCAGGCUGAAUAUGAAGAGCAGCUUUCUGAAAGGGAGAACCAGCUGGAACACUUUAACAAACUGUUGAAUGUCAGCCAGCUCAGAGAGAAUGAGCUUCAGGGUGAAGUGAAUGCACUGAAAGACUAUCUCAACACUUUACCAGGUCAAAGAAGCAAAGAUCCCUCUGUGCAGUCCUUAAAGGAAGACUUGGAGCAGCAGAUAGCUGACUUGAGUAGACACCAUGAAGUCCGUGAACAGGAUCUCAGGAAGCAACUUGAGCUGCUGCAAGCCCAGGAACAGGAAUCUAAAAACCAGCACCAACAGCAGGUGUUAAAACUGGAACACUACAUCCAGGAUCUCCGUCACCAUGAGCUGGAGUUGUUAAAACAAGUAGACUUGCUGAAGCAGCAUGAGAAGGCCCUGGUGGAAGAAGCUAACAGACUCAGAAAAACAGAGAAACAAUUGCAGAGCAAAGUGGACAGCCUCGAGGCUCAGCUCAGAAUGAAAGAAGAUGACUCUGGGUUGUCUUCAGAUGAUCAAAGAGUCAGAUCUGACAAUUUGAAGAAAUCUGUUCCUCAACAAUCACCAACUCCUGUCUCAGAAGUGUUUAGUUCAAAGGUCACAUUGACCCUAGCUAAAUCACCUACCACCAAAUCACCAGCGCCACCUGCAGGCCAGUAUGCUGAAAGCAGAGACUCCACACCGCCACCACUUACCUCACCUCUCAGAUCCAGACCCAGCCAGGCUUCCCUUACUCAUAAUGAGCUUGUCCACUUGGUGGCAGAGCUCCAGGCCAGUGAGGCUGAUUUAAAGAACAGACUUCAGGAACUGCAGGCAUCCCAUGGUUCAGACUUGUCCAAAAGAGUGGAAGAACUGGAGGUUAUCAACCAGAACUUGCAGAGGAAGCUGAGAUUUUCAGAGAGCAAGCGCACAUUCCAGGCAUCACCAAGUCCAGACAAACAGCCUCGGUUACUCUACCACGGGGGUGACAAAAAUAACAACAACAACACUGCAGAAUAUCCUAGUGGAGGACAAGACAUAUCACAAACAAUGUUGGAUAAGCCUGAACACAUUCUGAUGCAGCGCAUCAAAGAUUUGGAAACUGUAGAGAAACACAACAAAACCCAGUUGUCUGAGCUUGAAAGAGAUAGAGAAGUUCUACAUGAAAUAGCUAGAAAGGACAAGGCAACAAUUCAUGAUCUACAGAUCAAAAUAAGAGAACUGCAGCUUUCUGAGCGAGGGCUUAAAGAACAGAUCAGCAAUCUGGAACUAUCAGAAGGUUCCUUGUGUACAAAAUGUGAAAACCUGGAGGUCACCAGACAACAGCUUGAAGAUCGUGUUCAUGAGUUGGAGAUCCAUGAGCGUAGGCUGCGGGAGUUGGUCCGCAGACUCAAGCUGAAUGAAGAGCACUGGCUGAGCAAGUCUGGGGGCAUGGAGAAUGCUGUGGCAGAACUUUCUGCUACUGAGCUUCAACUCAAGAGGCACCUUCAGGACAUUGAAAUGGAGAAAGGUGGUCUUUCAGAGAGAGCUGAGUACCUGGAAGCCAGGGUCAGGGAACUUGAAAAUGUUGAGUUGAGUUUGCUGCAGCGUUUGAAGAGCUAUGAAAUUAAUGAGGCCAACCUAAAGAAUCGUCUUGGUCAUCUAGAGAACUCUGAGGCAGCUGCCCAUAGUAAAGCCUAUGAGUUGGAUGUGCUGAAUGUAGAUCUGUCGCAGAGAUUACAGAAGGCUGUAGAAGAAUGUUCAAUGCUGAGUCAGCAUAUUUUACAACUCCAGGGACAGGUCCAAGAACUAGACAGACGUCUGCUGUCUGCUAAAGACUCUGAAAUGGCAUACAAGCAGCAUGUUGAAACCUUGGAGAAAAAUGAGAAUCUGGUUCAGAAAAAAGUCCGGGAGUUUGAACUUCGGGAGAUAGACAGCCAGGCCAGGAUACGGGAGCUAGAACAGACUGUUGAAAUUCUGAAUGAUAAAAUUGCUGCCUUGCAGCGAUCAGAAAAUAGAUUAAAGUUUAGAAUACAAGAGCUAGAGGAGAUUACUAGUCAGGAUUCUCAGGCAAGAGAUAAAGCCCUGAAACAUACAGUUCCUCAAAAACUUGAAGACUGUCAGAAAUACAUAAUUGUAUUGCAACAACAAGUUGAAAAUCUUCAGCAACAUUUUUCAUCAUCAUCUAAUACAUCUAAGGCAGGUGAAGGUGAGAGUGUCUCUGUCUCACUGGACCAGUACAACAUGUUUCAGAGACAGAAUGUUUUGUUAGAAGAAACAUUGUAUCAGUUGCAGGAAGUGGAGAGAGAGAAGGAGCAGCUUAGUGUCACUAUACUUCAGCUGAGACAAGGCAAGGGUGCUUGUGGCCAUGAGGUGGAGAUUGAAGUCUUAAAGAAACGACUGCUUUCUUAUAAGACUUUAUUUAAUAAAUUGAAGUUUAGUCUGUCCGCGGGGCAGGCGACCUCUUUGUUGGACUCUGAACAAGAUUCAGAUCCGCUGGGUGAUACCCUUCCAGCACGACAUUUACACGAGCUGGAACCAGAGAGAGUCCUUCAAUCUAUUCGCGGCUUUCAAGAUGGAAAGGCAGAAAUUAUAGAUGCCCACCAGGAUGAUUCAUUACAGAGGGAUGUUGUGCAGACUACAGUUAAAGGGAUUCUUUUAUCACAAGCUGCACAAGCCAAAUCUGAACAACCCUCCUAUCAAGAAGAAUCUCACUGGAGAGCUAUUGAGGCCCGAAAGCCUAAAGAAAUUAUGUCUGGCUCAUGGGGAGGAGCCAUAGACAUGGUAGUGGGUGGAGUCAAGCAAGCUCUGCCCCGCCACCUAGAUGGCAGCAAACAAAGCUCGACUCCUGAGCUGGAAGAAGUAACAGUGGCCUUCCACCUUCAGUCUGAGAGCGAGCUAAGCAGUCAUCAUAAAACACAGAAUGACACGGACUCUUCCGAUGGCCCCGUACCACCGCCUCGACGUGGUCGGAUACACAGGGUUGGCAAGAGCAGCAACUACAAAAAUAACAGUGGACAUGACAGCAGCGGAAGUAGGUCAACAGAUGUUGAUUGCGCUACUAUGUCCACUGUGGCCGCGAACAAAAAACAUUAUUUCGGUAAUGAAAAAUCUCUGCCUUCUUCGGCAAAUGCUAAGAGAAAUGGUCAGCAAACUAAACCAGCACCCUUGACCAGUUUCGGAGAGGAUUCUUUUUACUUGCCCAGCUCUACACAGGAAGGAGCAGACAGCCUUGAUGAUGGAGAGGCCCCACCUUUGCCUAGUUCAGCUCCACCAGGGAGAUCGCCAACACAUGUGAGGCAGGAGAGAAAAGAUUCCUUGGAUGACUCAACAAGUGGAAUGAGUAUCAGAGAACGUAUUGCACUGAUAGAAAAACAACUUCAGACUGAUCAGAGUGGCAACAAAUCAGACCCAGACCAAGUGUUUUAUUGGAAGAAAAAGUCCAGUGAAAAUUUGAGACAAGUUGAAGUGUUGGAGAAAGAUAAUAAAUAUUUGAAGGAGGAUCUUCCCCCUGCUUACAGGAGGAAAGAAAAGAUCAAUCGGCUAGAAAAGGAACUUGAGGACAAACGUCGUUACAUUAAUCUUUUAGAAAUAUGGCUUUCGAACUUAGAUGAUCUGCUUAAAAAUAAAAACAAACAAACUGACAGAGAAAUGUUGGAAUAUCUUCAGCUAGAUUUGACAAAAUUACGGCAUGAGUUGAGUCACAUUGGGUAUCGCAGGGAGGAUUGUAUCUUGGAUGCUGCUGCCCUGAAAACGGAAUUAGAGCAUAGAGAUAAAGAAAUUGUGUCUAAAAGAAAUGAAAUUGAAAGCCUUGUUCAGAAAUUAAGGCUGAGCCAGGAAGAGUGCCAGACUAUCGAGGGGAUGCGACGUAAUGCUCUUGACUCACUCCGAUCCCUAGAGAAAGAAGUGAUUGACUUACAGGAAGCAGAAACACAGCUGCAAAACGCUCAGGCUGAACUUCAGACUCUGAAACAAGAGUUUGAAAUUAAGUGCAAGGAACUUAAUGAUGCUCUAGCUGAGAGAAAAGAAUUUGAAAUGACUCUGGAGAAAACCAUUGCAGAAAGGGACAGGUUGAUAUGUGAAUUGAAGAGCCUGGAGGAAAUGAAUGACAAGUUGAUAAGUGAACUGAAGAGCUCUGAGGAAAUGAAAAGUAGUUUGAAGAAAGAAAUCAAUGAACUGAACAUGAAGAUGGAAGAAAUCUCCAGCACUGAAUCCAGAAAUUCUAGUUUGGCAGGACAUAUAAACAAAUUAAAUGAUUUGUUGGCCACAAGGACAGAAAAAAUGCAAGAAGUUUACAAAGAAAACUUGCAGCUCCGAGAACGUUCCCAUCAAACUGAGACUGAACUCAUUAGAUUGAGGAAUUUGUGUGAUGAUUAUAAUAACUUGUCUGCUCGGUUUGAUGAACUUGACAAUUCUAAAAAUCAGGCCACAAUUUUACUUCAAAGCCUACAAGCCAAAGUUGAAAGGCUGGCAAGAAAAUGUCAAGAGAAGGAUAUUUUGUUGCGAAGACUUGGAGCUGACUUGAGACGAACCUCCUACAGACCAUCAAGUGCUCUGGAAGAAUUGACAAGACUUGAGCAUGUGAUGGCACAGGAAGAAUAUAAUAUUGACUUUCCUGUCAAUGGCCGAAGUCCACAACGCCCUGCCAGAAACAAGAGAUCUUCUUCCCUGGAUGACCUAGAUUACAACUAUGCUUCAAGCGACACAGAUUCCAUAUCUUUUGUGCCAAUAGCCAGUUCCCGUACAAAGCGUCCACCCCCUUACAUGGACAACAGACCAAGGUCAGCAGAUAAUUUCACACCUAGAGCCAGAGGCUCACAGUCUCGUAGCUCUCCUGUCUCCCGAAGAGUAGAAGUUCACCAGCGAAUGGAGACUAAUCUGGGUCAAUUUAUUGCCAUUGCGGAUUAUGAUCCAGCUAUCUUCUCCCAGUCAGGUAGACCGGGACUCGAGUUGGAGCUUAGAGAAGGAGAUGCUGUCUUAAUAACUGGUCCAAUGGAUAGAACUGGCUAUUAUGAGGCAGAGGUGAAAGGUCGUACUGGUCUAGUUCCAGCCAACUACCUGCAACCAUUGAAUGGAAGUAGCCACAUGAUGAACUAUGGCAUCAAUCCAAGAGUGUCUCCUACACAUUCAGAGCAAGCGUUCAACAAACACAGACAAGUUCAUGCCAUGUCAAGAGAUAUUGUAAGUACAAAUUACAAAGUGGACAGCAGUCACAAUGGUCAAGUCAGAUCCAGGGUACCAGAUCCACCUCAGAACUUACACAUCAAAGGUUUAGUCAAUGAUAGAGGUUUACUGUUGUCAUGGUUACCUCCCAAGGUAGAUGCAAGGUGCAGCACACAUGGUUUUCAGUUGCUAGGUUACAUGGUAUUUGUAAACAAUCAGCCUUAUGAGCAGAUCCCAAAUCCUAACAUCUGUGAGUUCUUGAUAGAAGAUCUGAAUCUUGGUAAAAGUGUCCAUUUGGCUGUGCAGUCCCUUUGUGCAGGUGGGCAUGUGUCUCCUAAGGCAGAGCUGGUGUUUGAAGGUAUUAUAAAGGUUGCCAAUGCCAAGGGUGGGAUCCAGGUCGAGGAUCAGAAAGACCUUGACACUGACCUUUCAUCUGUGCUCAGCAGUGUCCAUUACAAACGUGGACAUAGGAAAGCUGUAAUGGCUCUUUAUGACUACAACCCCAAACAACAAUCACCUCAUGAUUACACAGCUUUUGAGUUGGCCUUCCAAGCAGGGGAUGUAAUCCAUGUGUAUGGAGACCCAAGACCUGAUGGAUUCUUCCAUGGUGAAGUUGAUGGUAAUCGAGGACUAGUGCCUGCAUGUUUUGUUGAGGAUUUAUCAAAAAUAGACAAAUCAGGAUUGAAAGUUACUAAAGAGGUUGCGCAAGUAAAAUAACAAGUUUAGCAAGUAAAAUAACAAGUUCAGCAUUCAACUCAAGCAGCUCUGUGAUAUCUUUGUGUGGGAACUCAUUCUGUGACCCUGUCAAAUCAAAGUGCAAGAUCAAAAUUUAGCAUUUUUCUGUCAGUGUUUGGCAGAUCUGUAGAUAGUUCUGUACAUAAAGAAUGUCAUGUGUAAAUAAAAAGCAUUCCUUCAUCCGGUGUUGUGUUCAACAUGUCAUGUGUUGUGUUCAACACAACAUGUGUUGUGUUCAACAUGUCAUGUGAUCAAGUUCCUUUCUAGCCUCAGUACAUGACAAGAAGACUCCAAAUAGUUUGUUAUCGCUGUGAUACAUGAUUGUAUACUCCCAAGCCUAACACUAGAUAGCUUUGUGAACUUGUAUCCAAAUGUCUCUAGUGUUUGGUUCAUUUUGUCUUGUAUUUGGUUUAUACUCCAAAAUUACAUUUUUCUUAGGAUGUAUUAAGUUAAAUGACUGCCAUGUAGUUUGUUAAAUAAUAAAAUACCAUUUAUUUACAUCUCAUUUUAAUACUAUAUUUAUUGACUUGCGGAUUGCCUAUGCAAAUUUGUUUUUGUUAAUAUGUAAAAUAUAAAUAAGACAGAAACUUUUGUACAUGAAUUAAACUAUUUUAUACCUUC